AUGUUUCGAUGGAUACGGUGUUUCUCCUACAUUCACAAAUGUUCAAAUAAUCAUCAUCAAUCUUCAUUAAUGAAAGCUUCAAUGAUCAGCAUCGGAAAUUAUUCGAUUGGUAGUACAAUUACCAAUCGGUUGUUCUCAACUUCAAACAUCAAAAACAAUCCAACUCUGCAAGAACCUCUCAACACUACCAAACAUUACGAAAACCAUGUUCCUGUUCUUGUCAAACAAUGCUGUGAAUUAUUAAAGAGAUCAUCAGAGCUCGAACCAAUCAACUCUGAAAUAACAACUCAACAUAGAAAGCACAUAGCAACCAGAGGAAACAAGAAAUCCGCAAAAAAGAUUAAUCAUGAUAAAAGUGAACACGAACAAUUAUUAUUUAUUGAUGCAACUUUUGGAGCGGGUGGCUACACGAGAGAAAUUUUGAAAAUGUAUCCAAAUUCUAAAGUGAUUGGAAUUGAUACAGAUUAUUACAGCAAUCCUGUUAUUCAGCAACAUGAAAAAUUAAUUCAUGACACAUUUGGGAAAGAACGACUUGAGGUGCAUGGUGUGAAUUUUAGAAAUUUGAAACAAUUAGUGGAAGAAAAAAUUAUACCAAAUUUAGAUGCAAAACAAAAAAUAAUUGGUACACAUGUGAUUGAUGGAAUUGUAUUUGAUUUGGGUGUUUCCUCAAUGCAAUUAGAUUAUGGACACCGAGGUUUUUCCUUUUUAAGAGAUGGUCCACUAGAUAUGAGAAUGAAUGCAAUGGAUGAUCAAUGCCCAACAGCUCGAGAAGUUGUUAAUAACAUGUCAGAAUUGGACUUGAGAAUGAUCAUUGCAAAAUUUGGAGAAGAUGAAAAUGCAUCCAAAAUUGCAAAAGCCAUUGUGAAUUACCGAAGUCAUGUGAAACCAUUCGAGACGACUCUCGAGUUGGCGAACCUUAUUGAAAGCAUCACACCAUUCAGUGAUCGAAAAAAGAAAAAAAUUCAUCCUGCCACCAAAACCUUCCAGGCCAUUCGAAUUUAUGUGAAUGAUGAGUUGGGUGCACUGGCUACUGCUCUACAGGCCUCACGAGAUAUUUUAAAACUCAAUACAGGAAGAUUGGUCGUAGUGAGUUAUCAUUCCCUGGAAGAUCGGAUCGCAAAAGAAUUUAUUAAGGAAAAUCAUUUGUACUUUAAAAAGGUAACAAAGGAAUUAGUGACUCCUGAUGAAGAGGAGAUUGAAACAAAUGUGAGAAGUAGAAGUGCUAAACUACGUUGUGCUCAAAGAACUGGUGUUGUGGAUAACGAAUAG